AUGGCAAAUUUCAAGGGCCACGCUCUCCCGGGGAGCUUCUUCUUGAUAGUUGGACUGUGGUGGUCAGUGAAGUACCCACUGAAGUUCUUUCACCAAAAGGGGAAGAGCAGCCGACUGACUCGCCACUAUCAGCGUCUUGAGGUCACUGAAGCCGCCAUCAGAACUUUAUUUUCAGUCAUCGGCAUGCUGGCAGAGCAGUUUGUUCCGGACGGGCCCCACCUCCACCUGUCCCAUGAGGACCACUGGGUAAAGCUCAUGAACUGGCAGCACAGCACCAUGUACCUGUUCUUUGGGGUCUCAGGACUCGUGGACAUGCUGACCUACCUCAUCACCCACAUCCCCUUGGGGCUGGACAGACUGGUCAUGGCUGUGGCAGUUUCCAAUGAAGGCUUCCUCUUGUACUACCAUGUCCACCACCGGCCACCGCUGGACCAGCACAUCCACUCCCUCCUGCUGAGUGCCGUGUUCGCAGGGGCUGUCAGCCUCACCUUGGAAGUGAUCCUCCGGGACAACAUCGUGCUGGAACUCUUCCGUACCAGCCUCGUUAUCCUUCAGGGCACCUGGUUCUGGCAGAUCGGGUUUGUGCUGUUCCCGCCUUUUGGAGCACCCGAAUGGGACCAGAAAGAUGACGCCAACAUCAUGUUCAUCACCAUGUGCUUCUGCUGGCACUACUUGGCCGCCCUCUGCAUUGUGGCCAUCAGCUACUCGCUGGUUUACUGCUUCCUGACACGGGUAAAGAGGCCUGGAGACAGAGAAAUCAUUGAGAUUCAGAAGCUGAAGUCAGAUCACAACUACCAGAAGGCCCUCCUGAGCGGCUCUGAUGAGGACUAG